CUCAGCAUCACCGCGGCUCCGCCAAUCAGCGAGCAGCUCGGGGCAGAUUAACCCCAACAGCCCCGGUGCUGCUCUGUAGUAGCAGCCUCAGAAACAAGCCCGUGCCUCUGAUCCUCGUGGACUCAGACCGGACGGAUGGAGGCUGUUUGGUUAAACCCCAAUUCAAAAAUAACAGGAAAUUCAUAAUUGCCUUCUUUCAAAAAUUCAGCUCUGAGCGGAAUCAGGAGGGAGAUGGAUGCUUGCUCGAUAAUAGGAGAAAGCACGGAUGCGAUAAUGAUGGAUGAUUCUCCUACAGAUGAAAGGGAAAUUCAGCAGGCUUGCCAGAGUGAGAUCCCAGCGGUGUCUCUGUGCCCUCCUGACAGCGAGUGUGCUACUGAGGCCCAGUUGACAGUCAUCCAGGAUGAAGGGGGGCUAUGUGACAGCUGCAGCAGCCUCGGCAGACCCUCUUCCUCCUGCCAGCUUUAUCACCAAGUCCCCCAGGGUCCUCAAGCCAGGGCCUACGAUUCACUAGAGCCCCAAAAAUGUCCCCGAUGCAACCAUUACGGGCCAAUCAAACCACACACCUGCCACGACUGUCAUUCAAACACAACAGGCCCUCCCGCUGAAGGAGGUGUAAUGGUAAAAGUGGGACAUGGUUGCAGUUCUGCCCAUCAGACGUCUCGUCACGGCGCGGUGAGAUGUCAUUGGCUGCACGGGUCAAAUGAAACCCAGAAACCGACGCAGCGACAUGUGGUGACAGUAAGGGAUGGAGGACUCUACUGCAUCCUUAGAAAUUACUCCCAGCUGAUAGUGGACUACCCGUUAGCAGUGUUGGUGGGUUGUGCCGUGCUGCUGCUGGGAUGCUCACUGGCUGGACUCUUCAUCGGUCCACUGCCAGACUUCUCUGACCCACUGCUGGGCUUUGAGCCACGGGGAACAUACAUCGGACUUCGCCAGUCCAGCUUGUCUGAGCUGCGGGAAAAUACUGGCCCAGGAAAAACUCUGUCUCCUUUACCACAGCAGCUCAGUAAAAGCUUUGGCGGUGGUGCCAGCGGAGACGGUAGUGGCAGCCAGGACUCCUCCAGGCUUCGCAUUAAGAGGAUGCUGGCGAGAGAUUCAUCUCCAGAUACCUUCCUCUGUGAUGCUCCAGGCGAGCGUUUGGCUCAGUUGGUGUUUCGAUCAGAGAACUCAGCCAGUCUCUGGAGUCUGAAGGCCAUCCACGCCAUGUGUGAGAUGGAGCAAUCCAGGAUUCGUUCUCAGGCUCAGUUCCAGGACCUGUGCCAGCAGCAUGUGAGGGGGGAGAUGGAAGGAACGUCCAGAAGCGGCUGCUGUCCGAGCUGGUCUCUGGGGAAUUACUUGGCUGUUCUCACCAAUGCCUCCUGCUGCCUCAGCCUCACCUCACACCAGGUGUCUGAGUCUCUGAACCUUCUCCGGAAAUGUGCUCCGUACUAUCAUGAAGGACAUCUAGUGGAAGCCUGUGUGGAGAGACCCAAACAUGGCGGCUGUUCCUCUGUCCCGUCCCGCUGUAAACAGUCCCGCGUGGUGUUCCAAAUCCUGCACUUCCUGGUUGAUAAAGACUUCCUUGGCCCGCAGACAGUUGAAUACCAAAUACCUACACUGAAGUACAGCCUUGUGUUCUUACCUGUCGACAAAGGAGAGCACAUGAUGGAGAUGUACAUGAACAGUCUUGAAGGCAGAGAUCUGACAUACAACAAUACGACUAUCACUGGCAUGGACUUCGGCAUCAAGCAGACGCUGUUCAAGUAUUACCUGGCGAGAGAUUCAGUCUACCCUGUCCUAGCGGUCGUGUCUCUUCUUUUCACUAUGGCUCUUUAUCUCCACUCUCUCUUCAUCGUAACAUUAUCUGCAAUAGCAAUCACAGGCUCCCUCCUGACCUCCUAUUUCUUCUACAAAGUAGCAUUUCGCCUGACAUUCUUCCCACUGGUCAACCUCUCAGCAGCUCUUAUCCUCUUGGGAAGCUGCUCCAAUCAGGUUUUCAUCUUCGCUGAUUUCUGGAAUCUGCAGCUUUCCCAGAAUCCUUCAGCCUCCCUGGAGAAGAGAGUAAACAGAGCUUUGCAGGAAGUUGGCUAUUUGAUUUUAGCGUCAGGGUUGACCUCCAGCGCAGCGUUUUUCUCUGGUUAUCUCAGUAGCAUCACAGCAAUCAGAUGUUUCUCUGUUUAUCUCGGAACUGCCUCAUUUAUCAGCUCAAUCUUGGCGUUAGUGUGGCUGCCGUGCUCUUUCAUUCUGCGUGAGCGCUACACAGAGGGAUCCUCUGCAUCUGUAGCGGCACAAGGAUGGAAACCAUGCUGCUCCAAAAACACAGGCGGCUUCUGGGACACAAGCUCACGUAAGAGAUGUCUGUUCACUCUCGGUCAGAAGCUGAGAGAAUUAAAAAGAGGUCUCACAGACACUUCCAACUUAUUAUUUAUGAAAAUCCUGCCUUGUGGAGUGGUGAAGUUUAGGUACAUCUGGGUGUGUUGGUUUGCAGUGCUCGCCGCUGGGGGCAUGUACAUGUCCUGCAUUGACCCAGGCAUGAAGCUACCUACCUUAGACAGCAGAGUCACGCAGCUCUUCCGCUCCAGUCACCCAUUUGAAAGAUACGACGCAGAGUAUCAUCACAUGUUUAUGUUUGAGAGACAGAGAAAUGGAGAGGAUAAACCCGUGACACUAAUGCUUGUUUGGGGUGUAAAGCCAACUGAUAACGGCGAUCACCUUAACCCCAAGAGCAACGGCUCUUUGGUUUUUGACCCAGACUUUAACAUGAGCCGGUCUGACGCUCAGGUUUGGUUGAGGGAGUUAUGUGGACGGGUUCAGAACCAAAGCUUUUAUUCCCCUCCGUCACCAGAAGAUAAAGAUCUUAUGACAGACAAUAUAUGUCUUGUGGAGCAGCUAAUACACUGGGUAUCUGUCAGACGGUGCUCAGAAAGUGAUGACUCCCUCCAUUUUUGCUGUAAUGACAUCCCUUUUCCCUACCCUCCCAGCGUUUUUGAGAACUGCCUCAGUAUGAUGCUGGCGGAGAACUAUGCCGAGGGCCAUCUGGCCCACAGCGGAGGCCUGUACUUCCAGCCAGAUGGCAGGGUCGCUGCCCUCGUGUUGGCAUUCAAAACCACAUACCUCUACAGCUUCAACUUCAGCAGAACCAGUCUUUUCUACAGAGAAAUCCUGACAUGGUUUAACAGAGAAAUAUCAGGAGCACCACAGGGGCUGGAGAAUGGGUGGUUCAUCAGUCAUCUGUCUCUUUUUGACCUACAACAGUCUUUGAGUUCAGAGACUCUGGUAGUAGCUGGCUUCUCAGUAGCUCUCACGUUUGCUUUGCUUCUCUUAACCACCUGGAAUAUUCCACUGAGCUUAUAUGGGACUGCAGCUGUAGGCGGCAGUGUUUUUGUCACCGUCGGCCUCCUGGUUCUUCUUGAAUGGCAGCUGAGCGGCAUCGAGGCUCUGUUUAUAUCAUCAGCAGCAGGGCUGUCUGUUGACUUUGUAGCUAACUACUGCAUAUCCUACAGCUUGGCUCCACAUUCAGACAAAAUUGGGAAAGUAGCACACGCCACUAAAAGGAUGGGAUGUCCUGUAGCAAUAGUUUCUGGUGCAUUUUUCUCCAUGGGGAUCAUCAUGUUGCCUGCUACGGCCUUGCUGCUCAGAAAACUGGGGAUUUUCCUGUUUUUGGUGAAAUGUGUAGCGUGCGGAUUUGCAACAUUUUUUUUCCAGUCCCUGUGCUGCUUUUUUGGACCCCAGAAAAACUGUGGAAAGAUCACACUGCCGUGUUUUUCAGAUCACACUGAUGGCACGCUGGCCUCUUGCUCGGCAGUAGAGCCCGGUUGCUCGUCAGCCUCGGCUGCUAAUGGGGCCUUUGGCAGGUCUAGAGUGAGGAGGAGUUAUGACAAAGAGGCAGGUGGCUAUCUCUACCCCAACCACCAACGUCAGCAGAGACAAAAACAGGCUGGAUCAGGAGGAGGCGGGGGCCGAGGGCCGGAGCAGUUCGAGCUGCAGCCAUUGGCCUAUCGACUGAGUGACAGCUUUGAAAACAGCACCUGCACCAGUAAGCUGUCCAACCGGCCCUCUGUGCUCUCUGAUGAGAUUGAGUACUGUGGGAAAGAUGUGGGCAGGAGUAACAUGGAUGGGGACUGUGAGGAGAUGUGCAGCCAUCAACAUAAGAUCUGCCAAGCACCUCCAGCUCUCCAGACUUCAUCUCCUUACAAAGAAAACACCCUGCGGCCUGUAGGCCUGGCACAGGAAGAAGUAGCUACGGACAAGCUGCUGUGUAAGACAUGCAGAGGUAAGUCAGGUGGGGUGACGCACUGGAGCCAUUCAUCCUUCUCCUCAUCCUCCAGCAUGGAGGAAACCAUCAUCAGCCACACGCUGGAGACCAUCGACCCACCGUCUCUCAGCAAAGACGAACAAACCACAGAGGAGAGCCUCCAUCGCCAUCAGCACUCCAGCAAAGGACACAUCUCCUCCCAGUCUCAGAGCCCCUGCGAGGGUCUGGAGGACUCUAACGAAACAUGCCUGAGUGACAUCGAGCCAGGGCCUUCCAACACGCAGCAAAAUGAAGGAAAAGAAGAAGAGGCUCAGCUACAACCGGGACAUCUUAACGGCAAGAGAGAUACACUUCAUCUCUCACUGAAAGAAACCGUUUAUGAGACUAAUAAGGGCCGCACCAGUCAGAGCGAAGAAGUUGUCAUCUUACCCAACAGUAAGCCAGACCUGCCAGACGUGUGGAUUAAGAGAGAUGGACAGCGGGAGGAUACGUGUUGAGCGAGGUUGGAGGAAUCUUUGCAAACACUGUGCAUUAAUUGCUCUGAAUUUAUAUAAAGGAGGAAUCACUGACCUUAGCAUAUAGACUACAAAAGGAGCAUACACUGUUACUUUUGUAUAACACUCAAAGGAAAUAUAAGCCAACUGCAAAUGUAACAUGUGACGGCAUGUUUGUCUAAUGUUGCUGCUAAGGUUGUUACAGUGUAUGUUACAAAUGAAUAAGGUCACAGCAUGAGUGUUUCUACAGACAAAGGUCAUAUCAAAGCAUGAACCCAGCAUUGUCAGACAGGAGACGGAGGAAGGAGCUCGUCUUUCAGCCACAACUUUGCACCAAUGUCACACUUCGAAGAAACUAUAGCUACAGUGUGUUGACAACACAAAAAUCAUCAAUCAAGUGCUACAGAGUUUACUUUGUGCCUGGAACUUUUUAACACCUGCACAGACUGGGUUAUAGUAACUGGAUUCUUUUUUCAUGCUGGAAUUGACCUUAAUGAGCCAUAUAAAUGAAUGGACUUAUUAAUGGAAUAUUAAAAGACAACUGUGAGGUUCACAGAGAAAAAGCUGCAUUGUCACAUAACGGUUUGUGGCAAUAAUAUGUACAGUAUGUGCUUUGUGACCAUGACGUAGAAAACCAGAAACCUAAAAUAAGUAAUGUGUCAUUUGUAGUGUCAUGGCCUGUUUGCAUUUAGUGUUUCACUGUCGAAUUAAAAGUCAUGUCGUUUAUUACGGUGUCAGUGCCAAAAAAUGUAAUGUUUACUUAAUGUACUAAAAGAUAUAAAGGGUUUCUAAAAGAUAUAACACGACAUGCGGGUUUAUACACUGUUGGUCAAUUAAGGUGCAUACUAUUCCAGGAUCUAUGGAUGUCAGCGUAUGCCUUAGCCUUUGAAAAGAAGUAAAGCGGUAGUUGUAUCAUCUCAUGCCACUGCUUCAACAGCUCACAAUGUGUAUAUAGACCUUGCUGCAGCACUGUUAACACAAACUCCAACAGAACAGAAAGCCUUUAACUACACCCCGUCCCACAGCUGAGAGGUCACGUCAGCUGAUUUUGUCUCAGUAACAUUCAAAUAAUAGUAUUUAUGACAUGAACAGCAUGUGCCAAAUGUCUUUCAACAGGUCGUUUCAUAUGCUGAAACUGUGUGUUUUGUGCAAAGGAUGUGUCUGAAACCUUAAAAUGAGAGAUGUGUCUAUGUAGUGAUGGUGGUUCCGACCUGGACGAAGAAGAGACAAAUGUGCCUAUGAGCAGCGUUUUUUUAAGCUUUCUCUUUGUAAGAAGUGUUUGCUUUUGACAUCUUGACUGUAUAAUCACAACUCUUCAAUGAGCCUUCAUGUUACAUCACUCAGCAGAAUAACCUGCCUUAGAGCAAAUUAAACAUUUCACGGGCUUUCUAUGAACAGCAGAAAUUAAAAAGGUCACCACCAUUACGAUGUACAGGUGUCAAUGUUGUUAAUUUUUCACAAAAAUGAAAUAAAAUAAAUCAUUUAUUUUCCUGCAAA